AUGCCACAGCUGGUGUUGGCGCCGUUGCUGCUGCUAGCCAACAGUAAACGGCACGACCUUCUCGCCGCCAAAACGCCGCCACGGGUUCAGUUCGGACUCGCAGUCCAAAUAAAACCCUCAUCAUCAACCACGCCUGGGGUUGGUGACGAGAGACCGUCGACAAGAAACCUCGACAUCGACAUCGACAUCGACCAGGUGUUGCUUGACAGAGUGCUCAAAGCAACUCUGCAAGUGAAGAUCACAUUGACCUUCCUAACAAUUGAAAAACUAGAAGAAUCAAGCACAGAAAAGCAAAUAAUGCCAUCAGAGAAAAGCAUGAAGUUGUUGGAUAUUGCCAAUAACCGUUGCUUUGCUUGUCCAGCAAUUUCUGCACUUGCGAUAAAGAGCUCAGUUGUGACUUUGUUAUUGGUUCUGAAACGUCGGGUGUGGGUCCGUUGCCCGGGCCAGAGGAAAAUGCAAGAAACCAACGGCGCCUUUUAUUAUUAUUUUUCCUACUGCUGCCUGGGCGGUGGCGGUGGGUCGACGAUCCCUAGGCGCCCGUUGCUUUAA